CGCCCCGCUUUCCCAAUAAAAAAGCAACGCAGCGACCUACGUGCUAGGGCUAGUAGUAGCGCUACAUAGUAGUGAGAUCGCGUGCUCUUUCGCCGGACUCUUAUGGCAAAUCCGGAAUUGUCCCUGCCGCCUUCCCCGGUGGAAGGGGGGCGCUCUCCCGCAGUCAAAGCUGGAGGCAUGAGAGUUUCUAAGAAGCUAGAAAAUGCACCAGUUGAACGAAGUUCUAAAUUCCCUGGAAAAGAGAAGACUAGCUCUGCUCCUAUCAUAAAAGUACAGAGCAUGAGUAUCUUACUAACAGAUACCCUUCAGAAACUGAGGCAUAAAUUUCCAGCCGCCGCAGCACAAGGAACACAUGAAAAGCCACGGCCUACUCUGGAAAAAAAUGUAUUUCCCAAACGAAUGUGCAUUAUUCAGCAGCCUCGGAAAUGUUAAACGCGUAGAAUAAAAUAUUCAUAUAUUUGACAGACUUGCACUUAACAAAAACACCAAUUAGCUAGGGAAGCAGUAAUAGACCAAAUGGCUCAGGCAGUUUCUGUUUUGUUUUUCUCACAAUAAAAACUGUAUAUUCCGUUGUUAUUUUUUUUUUCCUUGAAAUGAUGGAGGUUUUCAUUUUUGUUUUGGCAUAGCUUCUUAGUGACCACAAACCCUUAUUUUAACAUUCCCAACCAUAUCAUUAUAGCAAUUACAGCUUGGAAUAGAGAAGCCGUUUUUUGAAACUCUAUCUGCUAGAGUGGUAGAAAUGUUCUAGCCUCGUUAUGUAUCCUUUUAAAAAAGCAAACAAACCACUGAGAAUGUGGAUAUAUAGAGAAAACUGGAUGACAGUAAAGCUUUCAUAACUUCUCUACUUAAACUUGGAUACUAGGUAAUUGUUAUAGAUAAACUAGUUGUUUCCUGAUAUAGUACAGGUACACUGAGGUCAAGAAGGAUAAAUAGUGACAGUUUUUUCUCUCCGAGGAUGCUGUUAGCAUUCAUGCUGGUUUGGAGAGAGAAAAAGAAUGUUAAUAGUUGCUAUAAUGACGAGUCUUUUACCAGCACAUAAAAAAUUAAUUCUUUUGCAUAGGAAAUAAAUAAUUUGACUUGCUCCUUAGAAUCUAGGCUUAGCUUGUAUGCAACAGUAUAGGCUACUUCAAUGAGCAUGCAUUUUUAACGGUCCUGACUUCUAUUCCACAGAGUUCAAGUUCAUAAAAUGCAUAUGCAACCAGCAAUGGUGUCCUAGAAUAACAGCAAAAAUGAUAACAAAAGUUUGUAGAAAAAUAGGUGACACAUCAAAUAAAAGAUUUAAUUUCUC